AUGAACGCGCACACCAUCCUCGCUCUUGCCGCUGUCACCUUCGCUGGCUCUGUCACUGCCGACACGUGCUCGUCCACGCAGCAGAAAUCCGCAUACGUGACGCUCGCCAGCGUGUUGUCGCUCAGCCCCUUCCAGGGGUGCGCGACCGACUCUGGCUACAGCCUCAUGUACUCAACCUCGCUACCCUCAAACGACGAGUACGUCAAAAUGUGCGCGUCGACGAACUGCCAGUCGCUGAUCAAGUCCAUCAUCUCGCUCAACCCGCCCGACUGUACCAUGUCGGUACCGACGAGCGGCCUCAACGUGAACGUGCACGAGCUGGCGAACGGCUUCUCGUCCAAGUGCUCGUCGCUGUCGACCAGCUCGCCCUCUGUUACGACCGCAGCGCCAACUGCGACGACCGCUACGCCGACUGCGACGGCUGCCACCCCGACGGCGACGGCGCCUAAAUCGUCCAACUCGACUGCUGGCUCCAGUACGUCACCGACGAAGGCCCCGAGUGCUACGACUGCCGCCCCUACCUCGGCUCGUGCCUGCUAA